UCUAUGACUGUAAAGUGACGUAUAAUUUGUCCUCUCAAAAACAUGAAAACAAACUCCUAUUGAAUUUUAUGUAUAGAAUUCUUUCAAAUACAAAUUAUUGAAUUUUAUGCGUUGAAAAUAUCUCAUUUAGCAUCCGAUGGAAAUUAUUAAAACUCCCAAAAUCGAAAAUGUUCGUAUGUUGGAUAGAUAUUCAAAAACUCCUUCGCAAGGAACACUUUAUCUAGCUGCGACACAUUUAAUUUUCAAGGAUCCAGAUGAAAAAAAAGAAACUUGGAUCCUUCUUAUGCAUAUCGCUAAUGUAGAAAAACUUCCACUAUCUACUACAGGAUCACCAUUAUUGAUAAGAACAAAAACUUUCCUUUCUGUAACAUUCGUCAUACCUAAGGAAAGAGAUUGUCAUGAUGUUUUUACUGCUUUAAAUCAGUUGUCGCAACCAGCUAAUAUUGAAGAUUUAUACUGUUUCACAUACACUGUUAGUGUCAGUGACUCCUCAAAGUCAAGAGGGUGGGAUUGCUUCAACUUAUUAGCUGAGUAUCAAAGAAUGGGGGUCCCCAAUGAACAUUGGAGCUUAACAGAACUCAAUAGAGAAUACAAGCUUUGUGACACAUACCCUAAACAUCUUUUUGUUCCUAACACAACAAAUAAUUCAGUGUUAGUAGGUAGCUCUAAGUUUAGAGCUAAAGGGAGAUUACCAGUUUUAUCUUAUCUUCAUCAUAAUAAAGCCAGUAUAUGUAGAUGUAGUCAGCCCCUAUCAGGGUUCAGUGCUAGGUGCUUGAAAGAUGAAAAAAUGUUGUAUCAUAUUGCUAAAACAAACUCAAAUUCAUCCAUUAUGUAUGUGGUUGACACAAGACCAAAGAUUAACGCUAUGGCAAAUAGAGCAGCAGGAAAAGGAUAUGAAAAUGAGGCAUUCUAUGAAAAUAUUAAGUUUCAAUUCUUAGGCAUUGAAAAUAUACAUGUGAUGAGAAGUAGCCUUAAUAAAGUAGUUGAAACUUGUGAACUGAAGAAUCCAACAAUGAAUAGUUUUCUCAGUGGAAUGGAAUAUAGUGGUUGGUUGAAACAUAUCAAGUCAAUAUUGGAUACGUCUUGGUUUGUGGCUCAAGCAGUAGACGAAGGAGUAACUGUUUUAAUUCAUUGCUCUGAUGGAUGGGACAGGACUUCACAAGUUUGUUCUUUGGCAUCUCUACUGCUCGAUCCUUUCUAUAGAACUUUGAAAGGAUAUCAGACACUAAUAGAGAAAGAUUGGCUAGCAUUUGGACACAAAUUUUCGGAAAGGUGCGGUCACAUCCAAACUGAAAGCAAAGAGAUUUCACCUAUCUUCACACAAUUUCUCGACGCUACUUGGCAGUUGAUGCAGAAUUUCCCAUGUUCUUUUGAAUUUAACGAACAAUUUCUCUUCACGCUACAUGAUCACGUUCAUUCAUGUCAAUUUGGUACAUUUAUAGGAAACAGCGAAAAAGAAAGGAUUGAGCUGAAGUUGAACGAAAGAACAUAUUCCUUCUGGGGUCAUAUAGAAAGUAGCAGGGAAGAAUAUAUCAAUCCUUUAUAUUCCAUUGACGAUUCUCCAGGACUAUUAGUUCCGAAUUUGUGUCCCCAAAAUAUCAGAUUUUGGCGUGGUAUGUAUUGUCGCUUUGAAAAUGGUGUUCAUCCUAGAGAACCUCAGGAAGACCUAGUUCUAGCUGCUUACGAUCACACAAACUUACUUGAAAAUCAUUUCAAAUUUUUGUCCAAAAAACUAACAGGAUUAAGAAACAUGAUUAUGAAGAAGAAAACUCAAUCUAGAGAAAUUUUGAACGAUCACGUAAAUGUGGUAAACAACAAGUAUGUGAGAAGCAAUUCAACUAUGGAACCUACUCAAGAACAUCCUCUGGAGAUUGAUUUCAAAGCAAGAGAUGCAAGGACAUCCGAAGAAGAGAUGGAAGACAUUCAGAAUGAUUUCGAAAAUGUAGCUAUAGAUUGGAAGUUGAUGAAUAGAGCCACCGAGUGCAGUUGUUCAUCACCUUUCGAUAAUUUGAGUAAAAAGAAUUACUGCAGAAAAUGUGGGGAAGUUUUUUGCAUGAGAUGCAUAACGAAGAGAGAAGUUUCAGGUCAGGAGGCUCAAACUAGUUUACCCAUUUGUAAAACAUGCUGUGAAAGUCUAGAUAGUUGAAGUGAAGGAAAAUUUCAGUGUGUGAUAAUUUUCAACGUCAAAUUUAUUUAUUUGUUAUCAUCAGUUUCAAAGAAUUAUAUUGACUAUUUAUACAUCGAAUAUAAUACACUAGAAUAAGGCUAUAGCACUAUUCAAUUAAAGUAUCAUAAUUAUUGUUUGAA